AUGGCGCGAUCCACGUGUUGUGGUUGUUUGUUGUUCUUGGCACACACCUUGUCGUCUGUCCGAGUCGCUCAGUUACAUAUGGAUCUAUAUUCUCAUCUUUGGACAAAUCUGGGAGAAGGAUUGAGAGGCGCCCGCUUAUGUGUGGACAAGCUGCACAGGCCGCCCGCAGAUGAACGGCACUCCCUCUUCGCCGGUCAUCCACGAAAAGCUAUGAUCGUCGUGAUUGAGGUCAGGCAAUCAGUUGUCAUGAAAGAUGUUGAAACUUCUGUCCUUCUGACUUCCUGUCUCAGGGUUCUGGUUUCCGUCUCAGGGUUCGGCGGUGAUAUAACGGGUUCUCGACAACUUCGAACCCACCACACUACCAGCGUUGAUGAACGGAAAUUCCAGUUCUUCUUUCAUCUGCAACGCGGAAUAGCAAGGCGAGUCUAG